CUCUAUGUUCAUUGCUUUGGUACUGCUAAUGUCAUGUUUUACUUAGAAGUUUAAUUAGUACAUAAAUUAAAUUAAUAAUCGAUAUAUUAUAUAUGUAACACUAAGAAAAAAAUCACUAAUACCUAGAACAAGAUGGCCAUUGGAAUUGGCCGUUUAAUAAAAAGAUAUUGUAUAGUAAUAUUGGUUCCUACUUUUGUAGUGAGUAGUAUUUACGCUGAUUAUUCACGAACUCAGUUGUACAAAGCGAAAUUGAAGCGAGACAAUGUUCCCUAUAAUCCCUAAGGGAAUUCAUUGGGCAGCCCUUCCCGCUAUGGGAUUUGCGUUUGGUUGGUUCUUGGAUAGAAAAGAAACGGAGAGAUUAACAUUAUUUAGAGACAAAAGUGCUCUUUAUGGCAGAACAUUGCGUGAAGGAGAACCACCCAGUUGGCCAUAGAAUUAAGUCGUUAGUAAUGUAGUUUUACUGUAAAUAAAUAGCUGUGAAAAUGAAA